GGAAUAAUGUAAGAUGGCUGGUCUGGCUGGGUAAUACGACGAUAAUCGAACCGAGAAUGCUUAUUAUUAAACAUGAAAAAUAAGGAAUUAGAAAAAGAAAAUUGAUAUAGCUAGUCUUGAAAAUUAAAUUUCAGAAAACACGUAAUAAAGACCAAAGUUGGAGUGUGUUAGUUGCCGACAGGUAUGAUGACAGUGAAUUAUGCUGAAACAUGACAGCCAUACCGGUUUAUAUUAAGAAAUCGAGGAAACGAUCUAAUUAUUUUUGGUGAUGAAAGAAUUGAAUUACAAAGUUUGGAAAGAGAUGGGAUGUGCAGCUAAAGUGUGAAAGAAUGCUCCAUGUUUUGUAACAAAGGACCAUUUUUGGAGAUUGCAGGAAAGUAAGCAAACAAAAGGAUGCUCAUUCAAACCUAAAGGAAAAUUCUACACUGAGAAUCACCAUGAAUGGAGCAAGCAAGCAAGGUAAUGAUGAACCAAACUUAGAGAAGAACAAGAAACUUGGGAGUAUGUGUUUACGAGUUAAAGGAGACAAGAUUAGUUUCUUGAGAAGCCUCUAGGGGUUGAGACACUUUUACUAUGCACGGAUGAAGAAUUGCUCUGUCUAUCUCUCCUAGGAAGUUUUGAGCACAACGAAGGUUGAAGCCAAGGGGCAAAGCAUAGGCGUAGUACAUUAAGGAACUAUGCGACUACUUCUCGGGAUGUGAAAAGAAACAACUGUGACCAACGACACGGCACGUAUUGGUUGAUUUCAUUGUGGAACUCUUGCGUAUAUGAGAAUCAAGAAGGCGAAAAUGAGUAAAACCAUUCUUUUGUUCAUCCUUUAUAAUACAUAUAUCUCGAACAAGACACAUUUCUUCCGAACUCUCUUCUUUGGUCCGAGGCUUUCAUUGGCAACUUUGGCAAUGAACGCGACGUUGUUGGCCUUGCUGCGAGUUGCUUAGUUACAUUUAUGCUUAGAUCUGCCUUAGAACGUUCUUAUCCAUAUUCUCUCUCAUAUACAAGGCUAUCCAUGCUCUCCAUAUAACCUUUUCCAAGAAGGAAUGAAGUAUAAAGAUAAAUACCCUUCAUAUAGAAUCCCUAAGCUUAUUCAAUUCUCGUAAAACCUAUCCUGGAAGCUACAAACUUCCUUUUUUUGUGCUCAAAAUAUGCAAUUUAUUGCAAACUCGUUUAACCAAUGUUAAUGUUAACUUGGUAGUAUGACCUCAAUGUAACAAAUUUAUUAAGGAUUGAAUCUGUUUCGUCGUUAUACAGAGUGCAUCACAGAGACUACUUAUCGCGUUUUCCUCAUGUGGUAGUUACCUUUCCUCACCACCACAACCUUACUUUUGCUUCCCUAAAACAUUCAGAGUUGUCGAUUAAAUCGUCAAGCUGGUUGUUUUUUUACACAAUGGAGUAUCGGCAUCCUAAUGGAUUGGAUGGAAAUGAAGGUUCUCGUGUGUAUGAGGAAAUUUUUGGUGCUCCACGUAAACGGGAUCCUAUCCGAGCUGUUAGUAGUCCAGUGCUAAGCGAUGAAGCUGCUACAAGGAAAUCAAAAAAAUCUCCUACGCGCAGAAUUCCUCGAAAACCGAUGCCGAAUCGUUCUGCCAGUUUGCAGACGUCCAUUGCAGCCGAUCCAUCCUACAACCAUUACUCAGAGGUUUCUCCUAUUAAAAUUGUAGACUAUUAUGAUAAUUCACCUUCAUUUAUUAAUACUAGUAACCCUACAAGUCCGUUGAAUGACAAAGGAGACUACGAGUUUACCCCUUCUCUUCCUUCUUUCGAUGAAUCAACGACCCUUAAUGCAAUCUCAAAACACCCUAUCCCUUCAUCUUAUAAUCGGAAUGAUUCCUUUACUUCUACGACACCAAGACGUGCUUCUUCGCCUGAAGGACAUAGCCUUAUUGCUUCUCAACGCGAAAAUUCAUUAAUCAACUCCACGAUCGAACCUGAACCCUUUGAAGAAUCAUAUACGACCUCGAAUGCUUCUCCUGUGAUUGAUUCUAGGAGUAAUAGCAUGCAGUCGAGCCAUAUGUCCUCGCAGAAUCCUCCAAAUGCAUUCAGGUCUCCUUCGGCGGCUAGCAUGAGUUUUCGCCAAGUUGCGGAUUUACCUACAAAGCGGCCGGAAUCCGGCUCUUUGUAUUCUACAAAUCGUCAACCAUCUUUUUCAUCGUCCAGUCCAGUUUCACCAUCGACUACUAUGACUUCUGGAUUUAAUUUUCCUAUUUCAAUGUCUCCCGCAGUAGAAUCUCAAAUGAGCCGAACGAGUACGCCUGCUCAUCCUUCUUCUCCGUCUUCUCCCCAUUCAAAACCAUCGAUGUCGAGACCCAUUUCCUCUGCAUCGGUUCCGGUCCGUGGUCCUUCAUUACCGAAUGUUCCUACCACGAACCUCAGAAUUGUACCCCCUCAACAAAGCAAUCUAAGAAAUCACUCUUUCGAUCAUGCUAGUAUUGCACAUUUGGAGGCUAUGAAACAGAAACGUCUACAUGCUGAGGCUACCUCACGCUCUUAUACUUUAAGCUCGUAUAAAUCAUCCGGAUCUGCCACUAUUUCUGACUCUUCGACUUAUCCAUCUAGUCCUACUGCCUUUGUUCCAUCCGAAAGAAGUUCCCCUGUUGGAAAGGGUAAGAAAAAGCGUAAAGUUUACGCUGCUUUGCUUUCCCGUGUUGCGGAAGAGUUGACAGCACGAAUACAACUUAAUGACAUUUCCAAAGAUGGCCUCAUUUAUUCAAAUGCUUUCACAGGGGACUAUGCGGUCACGCUCCUUAUGGGGAUUAUCCAUACCUCGGAUCGUACUUUGGCUUUACUUGUGGGUAGAUCUUUAGAUGCUCAAAAAUUCAUUCAUGAUGUUACAUAUGACCAUCGACUUCGUGAUUCCCAUCGAGAAAUUUAUCAAUUUCAAGGCAUUGAUUACCGUCGCCUCAUUCCUCACGAUGCAGCUUCUCCAAGAGAUCGUUAUUAUCGUGAUCACAAUGAGGAUUCAGAAUCAAGUGCUCGAAAUUCCUCCGCAACAAUUGAAGACGUACGGUUUCCAAAUGGUGUUUUUACUUUGUUAACUCACUGCUAUUCUCCUACCUGUGCCAAAGAUCACCCUUGCUAUUCUAUUUCUUGUCCACGGCGCUUAGAGCAACAACACCGCAUGUUUGCUAAAAUGCGUGCUAACGCUGAACAGUCAUCUUCCUUGACUUUUGAUGAUAAAGAGCAAAAGUUAUGGAUCCAUAGUGUUCCUAAAGAAAUAGCAAAUAGUGUUAGUGAACGCGAGCGAAAGAGGCAGGAAGUAAUUUGUGAGGUUAUUUAUACUGAAAGAGACUUUGUCAAGGAUUUGGAAUACUUACGCGAUUACUGGAUUAAACCUUUAUGGGCUUCUAAUUGUAUUAAUGAACGGAAAAAGGAAAAGUUUAUUCGCACAGUUUUCUUGAAUGCACUAGAGGUUCAAGCUGUGAACUCUAAACUUGCUGAAGCUUUAACCCGAAGGCAAAAUUAUAAACCUAUUGUUGACAACAUUGCCGAUAUUUUCUUAGAACACGUACCAAAAUUUGAGCCCUUUAUUCGUUAUGGUGCUGGGCAAUUAUAUGGAAAGUAUGAAUUCGAAAAGGAAAAGGCUAACAAUCCUGCUUUCGCCAAAUUUGUAUACGACGUUGAACGAAUGAAGGAGUCUCGGAAACUUGAAUUAAACGGGUAUUUAACCAAACCAACCACUCGAUUAGCGAGAUAUCCUUUGCUUUUAGAGGCUGUAUUAAAAUAUACUGAUGAGGAAAAUUCAGAUAAACAGGACAUUCCGAAAGUAGUAAAUGUUAUCAGAGGAUUUCUCUCUCGUCUUAACGUAGAAAGUGGAAAAGCCGAAAACCAAUUUAACCUCUUCCAUUUAAAUCAACAGCUCGUAUUUAAGCCCGGUGAGCAUUACGAUUUGCACCUUCUGGAUGCCAACAGGCAACUUAUUUUUAAGGGACCGUUAAAAAAGAAGAGUGCAACAUCCAGUGCUCUGGAUUCCAGUUCAGAUGUUAGCAUGUUCUUGUUCGACCAUGCGCUUCUGAUAGUGAAGCCUAAAUUUAUAAAUAAAAGGGAAAUUUACAAAGUCUACCAGAGACCAAUCCCUUUGUUGCUUUUACAACUUUAUCUACUUGAUGAAGCUGGAACAAGAAUUCCUUAUUCUAAUAAAAGUCAACUUGCAGCGGUCUCAAAAGUUGCAAAUGGAAAGCCACCAGGAAGAUUGCACCCUUUUAGUUUGCAACUUUUGGGUAGGCGAGGAUAUGAAAUCACACUUUUUGCUUCAACAGAAGUAGGUCGUGACAAAUGGUUAGAGCAUAUCGAUCACCAGCAAACUUUGUUGCAACACAGGAGUCAAUGGUUUGAAUCUGUAACAGUAUCAUCUGAUUUCUUUGUUAAUGAUAACAAGGUCAAUGCAAUCGGCGUUUAUGAUAGUGGUCGUCGAUUAUUAUAUGGAACUGAUUAUGGCGUGUAUGUAUCGCUUCGCAAAUCUAAUAGCCCUCUUCAGUUCAAGCCAGUCCGAGCUCUCAACAUUUCCAAUGUAAUUCAACUGGAAGUUAUUGAAGAAUUCAAUUUAUUACUUUUGUUGUCUGACAAAACGUUGUAUUCUUAUCCCCUGGAAAUGAUAGAAGCAGAUACAAGCCAAGCUCCCAAAAAGCCUAGGAAAGUUUGUGGUCAUACUACCUUUUUCCGUGUCGGUAUAUGUCUCGGGCAAGUUUUGGUUUGUGCCGUUAAAAGUUCAGUUCUAAGUGCUACAAUCAAAGUUUUCGAACCAGUGCCGCAUCUCGCUAAAGGAAAGAAUAUGCCCAGUUUCAAGAAGCUAUUGGCAGUAAACCAAGACCCUUUACGAAUCAUUAAGGAACUUUACAUCCCUACAGAGUCAACUUCAGUACAUUUUCUUAAAAAUAAGCUUUGCGUUGGAUGUACAAGAGGUUUCGAGGUUGUUAGUCUUGACAAUUUGGAAACUCAAUCCCUUCUAGAUCCUGCAGAUACAUCGCUUGAAUUUGCCGAACGCAAAGAAAAUGUGAAGCCGAUUGCUAUAUAUCGCAUGAAUGGUGGUGAAUUUUUAUUAUGUUACACACAAUUCGCAUUCUUCGUGAAUCGGGAUGGAUGGCGUUCUCGAUCUACUUGGUUCGUCGUCUGGGAAGGCAAUCCUCAAAACUUUGCUCUCAGCUAUCCAUAUAUUCUAGCAUUUGAGCCGUCUUUCAUUGAGGUUAGACACGUGGAAACGUCAGAGCUAGUGCAUGUUAUUCCUGGCAAUAAUAUCAGGUUACUUGCGGAUGGACGAGGAAAAUUAGGAGAAGGCGGUGAAAUUUUUUAUGCUUGUGAUCAACGUAGAGAUAAUGUUGACACAAGUGUCGUCUGUUCCCUUCGACUUACCAGUGCUAAUGCAGAUGUACAUGUAAAAGAAGCUUUGACUCCUAGCAAAUGAGUCUUACGAUGAAAACGAUGUCAUUCGUUCUAUUUAUUUAGGUUAAUUUUUUUAUGGGUUACAUUUAGGUUCAUAUUUUAUUUAAAAACGUUUAAGGGUGCAUGAAUUUAAUGAUGAAUAAAAUUUUUUGUGCUUGCAUAAAUUUAUCCUAAACUGUACUAAUAAUUCA